AUGGCUCGGCCAUGGCUGCUGCUUCUCCUGCCCCUCCGCUGUCCAGCCCUGCCCACAGGUCUGGGUGUCACCCCCUUCCCCUCUCUGGCCCCGCCCAUCGCGCUGCAGGUGAAUGGAGAGCAGCGGACUCUGGUGAUCUGCCUGGUCCUGGAUGCUGCACCCGCUGGCCUGGACAGUGCCGUCUGGUUCUCAGCUGGCAAUGGCAGUGUGCUGGACGCCUUUACCUAUGGCCCCUCCCCGGCUGCAGAUGGCACCUGGAGCAGCCUGGCCCAGCUCUCCGUGUCCUCUGAGAAGCUGGCAGCCUGGGAGCCCUUGGUCUGCCACACCAGGCCUGCGCCUGGGGGCCAGAGCCUGCGAACACAGCCCCUGAAGCUGUCAGGAGCAGCUUCCCCAGCCAGGUCCUGCGUCUACAACACUCUCAGGGGGACACGAAGCCAGGCCCUGUGUCUGGGAGCCUUGAGGCUGCUGUUUUGCAAGCUGCUGCUAACUGAUGUGCUGCUGACCUGCCACAUCCUGCUCCUGCCCCGCCCGCACUCCCGCCCCUCAAGACCACUCAUCUCACCUGGCCACAGCAACGGAGAGACCCAGCACCCUGAGCUCCCCCAGGCCCACACUGAUCCACAGGGACGGACCUUGCCCGGCCAGCAAGGAGGUGCCUGCCUCUUUGGAGGAUUUUUCAAGGAGUAA